UGCAAGCACCCAGUCAGAUUCUCUCGGUCCAACAAUACUGAAAAUAUUCCAGCUCAAUCAGAAAAUAAUUGUUCCUUGCUAAGUUAAGUUGAGGGAUGUGAAUUUCCUUUUCUACGGAUUCUAACAACAAUACUCGGGUUACAAUUAUAGUUACAUCCACUACUGCGCGUGACUAAUUUCUAACUAGUAUCGAUGCAGUAGCCGCGGAAAGUGUACAAUCCGUGCAGUGUCCUCGUGAUAUUACCAGUCGCUGUCAGUCAUAUCCUGACUUUGACACAGAACAAGAAGCAGAAAUAAAUUGAGGAAUUGUAGAAAUGAAGACAAUCUGGGUAAUCGGUGGACCAGGAUGUGGCAAAGGCACGCAGUGUGAUAAAAUUAUCGCCAAAUAUGGUCUUUUGCAUUUGAGCAGCGGGGAUCUAUUGAGAGAAGAAGUGGCAAGUGGAAGCCCCAGGGGUGCUUCGCUCCAAGAACUCAUGUCAAAAGGUCUCUUCGUGCCUACGGAUGUUGUCCUUUCUCUGAUCAAAGAGCGAAUGGAAAAAGCACGCGCAGAGGGAGGAAAAGCCGGAUUUCUUAUCGACGGAUAUCCCAGGGAGUUGGACCAAGGGAUUCAAUUCGAAAAAGACGUUUGUCCAGCCGAUUUAAUCAUCUUCUUCGACGUUGCAAGUGAAACCAUGAAAACAAGGUUGCUAGGACGAGCUGCAGUAUCCGGAAGAGCGGAUGAUAAUGAAGCAACAAUUGUCAAACGGAUUGAAAUAUUCAACGUAAAAAAUGGGGAAAUCGUCGAUCAUUACAAAGACAAAGUUGUUCGCAUAAAUGCUGAGGGUGCAAUUGAUGACAUUUUCGCGGAAGUUUCCAAGGCUUUGGAUCCACUCUUCGCUUCGUGAAUUCAUCAAUCCAUUUCCUGAUUCCUCAUGGCGAAAUAACUGGAUGAGACUCAUCAGAGCACAACAGAAUGCACACAGUCAAUAAAAACAUGCAACUAAAUCAAAAGUAAAAAUAUACAUCGAAUACACUUUGAAAUAUCCGGCAGUUACUUCCUGCUCGACAAUUAUACAUAGAACCAAUGUUUAAAGUUUCCAGAUUCUAUUGUAUCUAUGUACAUAGUGAGAUUGUUUCAUGCAUACAUUGUCACUUGCUUCUCGUUAAAAAAAGUUCUUAACAGUUCUAUUUUUCCAUGAUAAAUAUAUCCGACUCAAAUUCAAUCUUUAA